AUGCAAACGCUUUUACUGAUCAAUGAUGAGCUGAAGAUUCAUGCACAACUUGUGAAGGCUGAGAUCAGAAAAAUUUAUGACAAAGUUCUGAAGUCAUCACCAUUUACUUUUGCCAAGACUCCUACUUUGGGGUUCAUCGAUUUUUUAUUAAAAGCCUUAGAUGACCUGCGGACAUGUAGGGCUGAUCUGAUUGCUUAUGUGAAAAAUGAGACUGAAACAGUACGGAGUGAGCUGAUAUUCUUGAGAUCAUUCCUCAGAAAGACACUAGAGCACUGCAAGAAGGUUGAAGAAUUUGAAGAUCUAGAGAAUCGUGUUGUAGCUGCAGCAUAUGAGGCAGAAUAUGUCAUUGAUUUAGUCGCUCCAGGUGAUGGCCCUCUCUGGUAUCAUGUGUUGUGGUUAUCGGAUGUCAUAGAAAAGUUUAAGCAUUUGAGGCCACGAGUAACAGAUAUCUAUGAUGCAAAGAUGCACGAGAAAACUGUUCACAGAAUUGCGAAGCCUUCUAAUAAUGAAUUAUCACGAGAUUAUCAAUUUGUUGAUGAAGAGGUGGUGGGCUUCAAAGAUGAGGCAGAAAAGUUAAUAGACCGGCUUCAAAGAGGUUCGAAAGAACUGGAUGUUAUCUCCAUCACUGGUAAUGGAAUUGUUUUGCUUAAUGACAAAGUUUGGGAAAUGAGCAUUGAUGAUUUGGCUGAAGCCCUGUCCAGAAGUCUUAAAGGAAGGAUGUAUUUCAUUGUCUUGGAUGACAUAUGGAACCCUCAGGCGUGGCAUGACUUAAGAAACUCUUUCCCAGAUGAUCAUAAUGGAAGCCGAAUUGUAUUCACAAGUCGAGUCCAUGACAUUGCUUUAUUAGCAAACCCUGGUGGUUCCCCACAUCAUCUUCGCUCAUUUACUGAAGAAGAAAGUUGGGAAUUAUUUCAGAAAAACGUGUUCCAACAAAAGAUCUGCCCUCCAGAACUAUGUAAUGUUGGAAAGAAAAUUGCAAUAGAGUGUAGAGGAUUGCCUCUUUCAGUUGUUCUGGUAGCUGGACUUCUCAGGAAAAUAACAAUGACUGAAGAUCAUUGGAAUGAAAUUGCAGAAAGUGUAAGCAAACAUAUUGGAGGAGGAAAGGCUUUGGACACAUUGGAAAUGAGUUACAGGCAUUUACCAGGUCAUUUGAAACCAUGCUUUCUUUAUUUUGGGAUGUUUCCAGAGGACAGAGAAAUUUCUGUCAGGAGAUUAAUAUGGUUGUGGAUAGCUGAAGGAUUUGUAAGAACAACAGAGAUGAAAAGCUUGGAAGAUCUAGCAGAGGGUUUCCUGAUGGAUCUAAUUGGUCGAAGCCUGGUAAUGGUUUCGAAAACUAGAAGCAAUGGAGGGGUCAAAGCAUGCCAAGUUCAUGACCUUUGCGCAAAUUCUAUGUUGGAAAACCUAAAAAGCCAAGCAAGAAAAUUUCUUGAUGUUGCUGAAAAAACUUCAAAGACAGGUAAACUACCCAACCUUGAGGUCCUUAAACUCUAUGGAUCAGCCUUCCAGGGCAAAGAAUGGGUGGUAGAGGAUGGAGAAUUCCUCAAUCUCAAAUUCCUGGAAUUGGACAGGGUGGACAUUGUCUUCUGGAAUGCUUCUGAUUACCCUUUCCCUAGUUUGCUGCGGUUGUUAGUAAAAGAAUGCUGGCAACUCGACGGGGUCCCAUCUAGCUUAGGAGAUAUAACAACACUAGAAAUGAUUGAGGUGCACUGGUGUAGCUGCUCUGCUGAGAAAUCAGUAAAGCAAAUUCAGGAAGAACAAAAUGAGAUGGGAAAUUAA